CAAUAAUAUCACAUCAAGGGUCAAAGUUGAAAAUAUAAUAACAACUUUGAUUUUUCACGUUCAACGAUGAUGAAUCAAUUUGCUUAAAUUUCUCAGUUGUGAGGCCUACUAUUGACUCAGCAUUUUCUGAGGUCAUUUAACGUAACAUAGACUUGCUCUGCCGUGCAGUUUCAAGAUCGAGACUCCAAGACUAAGACGCUUAGAACAGCCUAAGUUCUGAAGUUUCUACAUAAUUUGCUUGUUGAAGUUAUUGUUGGCUUUGGACUUGGAUUCAAGGCCACAUCUCUGCUCUGUGUAGGCCUACUCUACAACAGCCCAAACUGAAUUUCCUUAGAACCAAAGUUUGUGGGCUGCAGCCUGUGAAGAGACUUUUUAGCGCUAUGGGUGACGCAGUUGGUCAGAAGCCCGAGGUCAAAGUGGACAUUGUGAGCGAUGUGAUGUGCCCGUGGUGCUGGGUCGGCAAGAGAAAGCUGGAGUCAGCGAUGAAUGACCUUGCCUCAAAGUACUCGUUCAAAGUGAGAUGGGAGCCUUUUCUGCUCCGGCCCGACCACCCCCUUGAAGGGGUUCCCAAAAAGAAGCCCAUUGGUGGAGAUAUGAAUGAUCCAGGGACUGUUCAUUUGAAGCGUGCUGGUGAAGGGGUGGGCAUUGACUUCACCUACAAGGCACCCAUCUACCCCAACACCGUGCAGUCCCACGUUCUGCUGGAAUUUGCGGCUCAUAAGGAUGGGGGAGAGAAACAAAACGAAGUGGCAGAGAUAUUGUUCAAGCGCUACUUCACAGACGGAGACUCUCUGACCAAGAGUCAGCUUUUGGAAAUUGCGGCAGAGGUUGGGUUCGACACCGCCGAAGUGGAGAAAUUCCUGGACGAUCCGAGCAAUUCUGCUAGCAUCAGGAGACAGGCUCAGAACUGGUCCCAGAAUGGAGUGCAUGGCGUCCCGUACUUCAUCAUCAAUGGGAAGCCUGCUUUCUCCGGCGCCCAGGACCCCAACACCUUCAAGAAAGUCAUCGAGAAACUGGCCUCGGCGUGAUUUUGUCAACAGAAAGUCAGCACUGUAGGACCUACAGUAUGUGAAUGAUGAGUUGGGAUUCCUCCACUAUGCUUGUGGUAUUUUAUUGCACAAAGGUCCGGAAAGCAACAUUUUUUAUUUAAGUAAGCAUUUUACGGCACCUGCAACACUUUUAGGUCAUAAAAGUUCCAAAGAUUAGAGAUGCUACAAUAGAGCAAAAAAUGCACCCAAAAAA